AUGAAGGCCACUUUCUUCUCCAUCGCCGCCCUUGCGGCCACGGCCCUUGCCGCCCCCUUCCGCCCCGAGGCCCGCCAGAUCGGCGACAUCAACGCCGUUGGCGACGCCCUCGAGAUCGUCGACGGUGUUGCCGUUGAUGACCUUGGCGUUGGCGAGAUCGCCAACAACGUCAUCGACACUCCUCUCAAGCGUGCCGAUGUGGCCAACGUCGGCGAUGUCAUCAUCCUCAUCACCAGCCUUACCGAGGGCGUCACCACCCACACCGGUGCCAUCAACAAGACCCUGGCCGCCGUUCAGGGUGGCGAGCUCAGCAAGGACGACGCCGCCAAGCAGGUCACCGAGCAGCUCCGGGGCGUUCACUUCAAGCUUACCGACGUCGUUACGAAGCUCGUGGGCGCCGGCGGCCUGGACGUGAGCGACGCUGAUCUCGACAAGGUCCUCACCCUGGUCGUUGCCCUCGUCUCCGAGGUCCUCGCUACCGUCAAGGCUCUCGUCACCAUCCUCGGCAUCCGCGCCGAGCUCAUCUCUAUCCUCCACUCCGUCUUCAACAUCGUCUCCAGCCUCCUGGCCACGCUUGUGGGCCUCCUCGCCGGCCUCCUGCCCGGCCUCCUUGCCGUUCUGUCCCCUCUCCUGGCUGGCCUCGGAAACGGCCUCCUGGCCCCUCUCCUUGCCCCCAUUGUCGCCCUUCUGGCUGCCCUGAGCGCCCCUGGCGGUCUUCCCCUGUAA